AUGCUACGACGGACAAGCGGUGCGUCAGCUGUACCCGAUAUACCCCCUCAGUCAGACAUCUUGGCGCAAGUCGAGACGUACGAAACAUUUUCCUCCAAGUAUUUACUUAUGAAGGAGAUCGGCGAAGGCUCGUUCUCUAUUGUUCAUCGCGCGGUGAAUCGUAUGACUGGUCAAGUCUGUGCAGUGAAAUGUUGCAAGGUCUCGCAGGCUCUGGAAGAAGAAGAACGGCUCUUACGUACUCUAUCGCAUCCGAAUGUGGUUAGUCUAGAAGGUGUAUUCCAGCGGGACAAGAAUCUCCACUAUGUGGUUAUGGACUAUUUGAAGGACGGAGAUAUGUGCGACCAGCUCAUUGAACGGCAGCGUCUUCCUGAACCUGAAGCACGACGCAUCAUUCGGCAAGUAGUUGAGGGACUAGCAUAUCUGCAUCGACACUGCGUCCUUCAUCGCGAUAUCAAGCCGGAAAAUAUUCUAAUCCACGGCAAUAUGGUGAAGAUCGCUGAUUUUGGACUGGCAAAGGAGCUUGAACAGCCGACAACUCUGCUGAAGCGCAGCUGCGGCACGCUGGAAUACGCGGCCCCUGAAUUACUCUGUGGUCAGCCAUAUGGUCUGAAGUCCGACAUAUUCAGCUUAGGCAUCGUGCUGUAUGUGCUGCUUUUCGGCGCAUUCCCGUUCAGUGCGGAAUCGGCAGCAGCUUUACAGUGUAUGGACCACUUUCCGACAGGCGUUGACGUGCGCGAUAUGAGUUGUCUGAGCAGCUCAAAUACGCAGUGGAGAAUAGUAAGCCCUCUGGCUCAAGAUGCACUGCUGAAGAUGCUAAAGACGAGCGACACCGAACGCAUAUCCGCUGAAGACUUGCUGAACCAUCCUUGGUUUAAUGAAGCUGAUACCGGCAUGUCGGAAUCCAUCAGCAGCCCAAAAGAUUUGGAGCUAUUACGUAUCGAAGACUGUGAAGCUAUGGGGUUCGCUGAGCUGCUGUCUCGUGGCUUCCGGGUUGUCAAAUAUGACUACAAGGAGUCACUGACACCUUACGUCACUUCUUUGAGUGUCAAUUUUAUGGAGGAAUGUAUCAACUGGACGGGGCAUCAACAUCCACUGCUGGCAAGUGAAGACGCGACAGUCUGCCGUACCGGACGAGGUCGUGCUAUCUCCCUUCGCGAUAUUAAGGAGAUUCGAGAGGGCCACACGACCAAAGCGUUCCAGUCUUUCAAUAACAUGAAGCCCAUUCCGUCGCCCGAGCUCUGCCUAUCCAUCAUUUGCCCAUGGAGAACACUUAACCUUGUGGUAGAAGCCCCAAGUCAACGAAGGUUCAUGGUUCGUGGAUUUCGACGCCUGAUAACUUCUGAUGUAUGA